AUGCUUUCUACCAUUCUCAUCAACGCUGUUACUCUUGGUCUUUUGGUCGCACCAAGUGCUAUCAAUUUAGGACCAACCGCAGUCAACCUGGGCACUGCUGGAAAUUUCGCAAUCCUUUCCAAGUCGGGCAUAUCAACUGUCCCUCAGUCUGCCAUCACUGGCGCUAUUGGAGUUAGCCCCAUUGCGUCGAAUGCUUUCACCGGGUUCUCCCUCACCCUUGAUGCCAGCGGGACAUUCGCCACAUCUCGCCAGGUCACAGGCGAAGUCAUGGCAGCAUCAUUCUCUGCUCCCACCCCUUCGAAAUUGACGACUGCUGUAUCCGACAUGCAAACAGCAUUCACGGAUGCGACUGGUCGUGUCAACCCAGGUUUCAUCAACCUUGCUAGUGGUGCAAUCGGAGGUCUUAUUCUUAAACCUGGACUAUACAAAUGGAGUGGAGCAGUUACCAUAAGUUCUGCUGGUGUCACCAUCUCUGGUACUUCUGCAGAUCACUUCAUUUUUCAGAUUGCCAGUACUUUCAGUCUGUCAGCUGGAGCCCGUAUUACUCUUUCUGGAGGUGUUCUUGCUUCGAACAUUGUCUGGGUUGUUUCGGGUGCAGUUACUGCCGGCCCCGGCUCCCAUAUCGAGGGCGUAAUCCUAGGACAGACGGCCGUCACUCUUGAGACAGGAACUACCAUGAAUGGCCGAAUUUUAGCCCAAACCUUUGUUGCUCUGCAGGAAGCCACAGUCGUUGGAUAG